AUGCCCUCCAACUACACUCAGCAUGUGGGAAAUUAUGAUUUUACUCGUGCCACCGUCGUGAUUAUCGGAGCCGGCGUAUCAGGGAUGUGCAUGGCCAUUGACCUCCUUCAUCGAACCCCCAUCCGAAAAUUCGUCAUACUCGAGCAGGGAAGCUCGGUCGGUGGAACCUGGGCCAACAAUCUCUACCCGGGCUGUGCAUCGGACGUCUGUAGCUCUUUGUACAGCUAUUCAUUCGAACAACGUCCCGACUGGGCAGCAGAGUAUCCGGGUCAGGAAGAGUUUCUGACAUAUAUGACAGAUGUCGCGCAGAAACACGGGCUCUACAAAUACAUCCGUUUCAACACAACUGUACAAGAAGCCCGCUGGGAUGACCAGCAACAGCAAUGGAAGGUUAAGGUGGCCCUGAACAGCGCUAAGGCUAGCGAAUUCCACGAGCAAUAUGAACUCACCACCGACUUUCUGGUAUCAGCCGUCGGUCAACUAAAUGUGCCCAGCUAUCCCUCCAUUCCAGGCCUGGAUGACUAUACCGGCAAGUUGAUUCACUCCGCCAGAUGGGACUGGACCUACGACUUCUCUGGCAAGCGGAUUGGCGUGAUUGGAAACGGCGCCUCGGCAAUCCAAAUCGUCCCCGAACUAGCCAAAACUGCCGCUCAUAUCACCAUCUACCAGCGCAGUCCGAAAUGGCUCCUCCCUCGCUCUAACAAGAAAAUCGGCGCUAUCCAGCAUUUCUUGCUAUCAUAUGCACCUCCCUUGCGCUGGUGCAAGCGAAUUCUGCAGAUGCGUUACCGAGAAUGGUUAUACAACGUCCUUGUCACCCCCGGCACAGUCCCAGCCCGCCAAUUUGAGGCGCAAUCACAGGAAUGGAUGAAAAGCCAGUUGCCCGAUAAGCCUGAAUUGUGGGACUCUCUGACCCCAAACUAUGCCAUUGGAUGCAAGCGCGUUCUCAUCUCCGAUGAUUUCUAUGCUGCCUUGAACGCGAGUCACGUCGAUCUCAAUACCCGACCGAUUCAACGCAUCACAGCCACGGGCGUGCAAACAGACGAUGACCAACAGGAAUACGAUCUCAUUGUACUGGCCACUGGCUUCCGUGCUUCGGAAUUCCUGCACCCGAUCCGGGUGUACGGUGCUGGUGGCCGACCUCUGGAAGAUAUCUGGAAGGGCGGGCCGAGAGCAUACUAUGGUAUGACGGUCGAGGAUGUGCCGAAUUUCGGCAUGCUCUAUGGACCCAACACGAAUUUGGGCCACAACUCCGUUAUCACAAUGAUCGAAGCUCAAUCAAGAUACCUAAGCACAAUGAUCCGGGCCGUGGCGGAUGCGAAGAAGAAGGACCAAACGCUAGUCAUUCAGCCCCGGCCAGAAGUGCUGCGAGAAUACAACGAGCGGGUCCAGAAACACUUGGCUGAAACCAGUUUCGCCGACCCCAACUGCCAAAGCUGGUACAAGACUGAUGAGGGCCUGAUCACGAACAACUGGCCUUUCACGGUGGUGCAGUACCAGAAAGAGGUGUCUCAGGUGCGGUGGGCGGACUUCAUUCUCAAGGGUAGUGGGUCCGCUGCGGUGGCGAAGAAGAAGGCGACUUAUGUUGGUCGGGUUAAGGAAGAGGCGCUAGUUAGCAAUGUUACGCUGUUCUUGGGAGUGACUCUGGCGGCUGGGGGAGUUUAUUGGCGUGCUACGAGCUGGUGGAAGUGGUAGGUUUGGAACUUGCUGGUGUGUCAGACCGAUUUGUACUCAGAUAUGUUUUUAGUCGAGGUAAUGAAUUAGCAUGUUUGAUUAUCUGAG